GUUAUUCUGUAUAUACACUGGUAUUUGUAAUAUUCUUUUCUUUUUUUUACCAUUGGCUAUGCAAACUCGCGAACUAAAUAUUAUGUCUUAUUCCUCUGUUUUAAAAGUUUACUGUAGAGUGAAAAUAGAACAAUAGAAUUUCCAACAAUAUAUAUUAUUUUAUUCUCUUUUAUACGUAUGGUACAUCACGUAACAUACUGCACAACGGAGAGGAUUACAGGUAUAAAUUUCAGAAGAAAAGUGGACAGAGCGUGAACAACGUCCGUAUAGCGUUCACAUUGAACACGUGUUAUACGAAUUUAAUAAUUAUACACGAAUAAUUUGUUGCAAUAACUUCAAUAUAUAUACAAUAAUUUCUAUAGUGCUCUUUUUCGAAUUUUUGUUAUGAUGGCAUCGAUAACAUCCUUACCAGACGAAUUGAUAUCCAUCAUUCUCGGCUACAAGGAUAUCACCAUCGAGGAUAUCAUUAAUUUCCGAUGCGUCUGCAAACAGUUUCAUUAUGCAGCCGACUAUCUACAGUAUAUGGAAAAGAAAUUUUUUUAAAGUACGCAUUACGAUUUUCUGCAAGCAAGAUGGAUAACGUACGGAAUAAAACAGUAAUGAUUACCGGAGGAGCUGCCGGAUUAGGCUACAAAUUCGCAGAAAUAUUACUUCAGAAUGGUGCCAAAAGUGUUGCGAUAAUCGAUUUGCCGACAUCGAAUGGCGAAAAUGCAGCGACUACGUUGAAGAAGGAAUUUGGAAAGAGCCGUGCUGUCUUCAUUGCAUGUGACGUGGCAAAGGCAGAAGAUCUAGAAAAGGCAUUCAAUAGAGUCAUUGAUGCGUUCGAGACUCUUGAUAUUCUAAUCAAUAAUGCUGGCAUUUUGAAUGAGCACAAUUGGCAUCAGGUGAUCGAUAUCAAUGUUACGGCGCUAAUUCGCAACUUGUAUCUGGCCCUGGACCACAUGGGAAGACACAAAGGCGGCAAGGGAGGUUUAAUCGUGAACGUCUCAUCUAUAGCUGGAUUAAUCGCUUAUCCUCCAGCACCGGUAUAUGUGGCUUCGAAACACGCCGUUCUUGGAUUCAGCCAAUCUUUGGCAGGUCUAUACGACAAGACUGGGGUGCGAGUUCUUAUAAUGUGUCCAGGUACUACGAAGACGGCAAUAAUUGUCGACUUAAAAAAAAGAUUUCUCCCCUUAGUCGAUGCAAAAUACUCCAGUAAGUUUGACGCUCUACUUGGCUCGGUUCAAUCAGUCGAUUACGUGGGUCGCGCGAUGCUAGCUCUCAUCCAAAAAGGUGAAAACGGAGCGGCCUGGGUCAGUGAGAAUGAAAAAUCACCUUAUGCCGUAGACUUUCCUCAUUAUUCAAAGCGAUCUUUAUCUGUAGAAAGUUAACAUUUUAUAACUUGUCUUAUCUUGAUCAAUUUGCACAGUAAUAGUUUAUUCGUAACUAUCAAUAAAUACAUAACAUUGAUGUAAUUGAUAUGAUAAAAUCAAUAAAUAUAUAACAUUAAUGCGUAAUUAAUAUAAUGA